GGAGGAGGAGGCCCUAGGGCCUAGGCAGGCAGGCACAGGCACAAGCCCAAGCCCAAGCGAAGCCCCCAAGGCCUUUCUUUGGCAUUCGAGGGAUUGCAGUGUCGCGUACUCUCUUGUUCUUGUUCUUGGCCUUCUAGGGUUCAGACGGUGGAUCACGCUCCCCGCAUCCUCUUCCUCUUGCUUUCCUUUGCUCUGCUCUGCGCCUUCUGGCUGUCUGUCUGGCCCCAACCAGUCAGCCCCGCCAGCAAGCGAAGCCAGUCAGCCGGCCAACGCAGCGAGCACAGAGAACGGCCAGCCGGGCACCACUCGGUGGGUGCCUCCUGCACAGCAAAGCACCCGACCAUGGCAGCAGGUUCGACAACAGGCGAGCUCGCCAUACGCCGCAGUACAAUACUUUACGUAUCGAUACUGAGAUAAUAUAUACAUACACUAUACGAUAUACGUAAGUUCCCGGUGGUAAAAAGGCCCAAGCGCCCACGCUAGAUUCUUCUUCGCCUUGGCUGGGCUUAGGUUCCCUCCCUUUCCUUCCGCCCCGUCGCCUUCUUUUCACACCGAGGGCUAGCCUGCCUGGUUUCCCGACGCUUGCUGGUCGGGCUUUUGUUAGUUUGGGCUUGAGAAGUCGAGAGGGGCAGGAGAGAGAGCGCUUGCUCGCACGAGGUGGCCAGGGCUCAGGGGUUGCAACUGUCUGUCUUUAAUUUCGUGCCAAGGUCGUUCGAUCCGUCGGUCGUCGGUCCCCCGUUCCAUUCCUCUCCAUUCCAUUCGCUUCUGGUCUCCUGUCUUCGCGUCGCUUGUCUCGCCCUCCCCCUCCCAACUUGCAGUUGCCGAGCUCUGCCCCCACGACCUGCUCUGCUCCCCCACCCCCUUCCGCUUCCUUCUCUCGCGGGGCUGGGCUAGGCUGGGCUCUGGGGUUGGGGCUGGGGCUGGUGCCAGGCGCUGGUGUCAAGGAAACCAUCUCUCGCGCAGAAGAUGAUGUUGUACGAGGCGCGGGGUUGCAACUGUCGUCAGGUUCGCUUGCUUUAGUGCUUGAGCCCUCGAGCGAGCUCUGUCCGAGUGUGCUUGUGCUUGUGCUUGUCCGCCUGUCGUCUGGCGUCCGGACUCGGGAGUCGCGAGGAGCGGAGAGCGCUGCCGCUAGCAAGCACCGCACUGGUGGGUGGGGCUGCGCUGGGCCGCAGUGGGGCUGGGGCUCGGGCGUGGGGCGUGGGGUCGACAAGCUCCGUGCUCGUGCUGGGGAAUAUGUUGGACGAGGCCGGACCCAUCCUCUCUUUGUCUCCGCGCUGGCCUUCGCUCGAUCGGACCUCCCGUCACAGUUUCUAGGUUGACGAGCACGAGCACGAACUCGACCUCGACCACGAGCGCUUGCGGGCGAGCGAGGAGUAGAAGCCUUCGUCGCUCGAGGAGGCGAGCGAGCAGCAACGAGCCGGGAGGUCGACGAGGAAGCAGCAGGAGCAGAAGCACGAGGAGAAGAAGAGCGUCUUCGGUAGGAAUAUGCACGAGGAGAUUGCCGUGGCUUGCAUGCGUAGAAGAGGGUCGAUCAGUAGAGGCGUGUCGUCCGUAGUUUGAUCGGUCGAACGCAAGAACAACAACAACGAGGAGAGAGAGGGAGAGGGAGAGGGAGAGGGUUAGAGAGAAGAGCUGUCAGUUCGAGGGGUAAUAAUCAGGAGGUGAUCGAUGGGAGCGGUGACUUCAUCGGUUGCAGCUAGAUUCGCCUUCUUCCCACCCACGCCCCCGUCCUACAAGGUGUUGACAGAUGAGCACACGGGCAAGAAGUUUCUGUCGGAUGUGAAUCCGCGCGACAAUGUGGAAGUGAAAAUGUUGCACACCAAGCGCGGGCAGGAGAUCGUGGCGCUGUACGUGCGCUACCCGACGGCCACGCUCACGCUGCUCUACUCGCAUGGCAACGCGGCGGAUUUGGGCCAGAUGUACGAGCUGUUCGUCGAGCUGAGCGCGCAUCUGCGGGUGAAUGUGCUCGGAUACGACUACUCGGGCUAUGGAGCCUCGAGCGGCAAGCCCAGCGAGGCCAACACGUACUCGGACAUCGAGGCCGCGUUCGAAUGCUUGAGGCGCGACUACGGCACCCGCGAGGAGGACGUGGUGCUGUACGGGCAAUCGGUGGGCAGCGGGCCGACGCUCGAUCUCGCCACCAGCCUGCCGGGCUUGCGCGCGGUGAUUCUGCACAGCCCCAUCCUGUCGGGCCUGCGAGUCAUGUACCCCGUCAAGCGCACGUACUGGUGCGACAUUUUCAAGAACAUCGACAAGAUUGGAUCCGUCAAGUGCCCCGUGCUCGUCAUGCACGGGACCUCGGACGAGGUGGUGGAUUGGUCGCACGGCAAAACGCUCUGGGACCUGUGCGAAAAGAAGUACGAGCCCCUCUGGCUCAAGGGCGGCGGGCACUGCAAUCUCGAGCUCUACCCCGAGUACAUCCGGCACCUGCGCAAGUUCAUCUCCUCGCUCUAGCCCUUCCCUCCCCCUUCCCCCCCUCCCCCUGUCUCUCGUUUAUUUUAUAAAAAUGGUCUGUCGACUUCGACGACGCACGCAACGGUGAAACCGUCGAGGAGCUGAACGAAUCACUGUCCGACUGAAUCGAUGAGUUCAUUAUCAAUCCCAUCCGGAGAGCAAGAAAGAAAGAAGAAGCGAGGUGAAGUUCACGACGACGAAGGUAGCAGCAGCAGCAGCAGUAGCAGCAGUAAGUAGGUUCCACGGGAAUGAAUUUGCGGCACAGAGCUGAGGUUGGAGGAGGAGAGCUCCGUCGAUCGAUUCGAGCGGUGGAGCGAAGGAGCGAUGGUUCCGGUUCCGACUCUUCUUCUAGCUCCGCUUGGUUUUCCCCAAAACGAGUAGAAAGUGUAGUGAAGAAAUGGCGCGGGCGGUGGAGCAGCGGAGCGGAGCGCAGCAGAGCAGAGCCAGAGCAGGAAGCUUGAGAAAACGGUUAAACAGGGAGAGCCCUUCUGCCGCAGGGCUCCGCAAUUCCUCCGCACAGAGAGAGAGAAGAGAGAAAUGAAGAGAUGGCCGUGUCUCGCUCGCUCUCUCUCUCUCUCUCUCCCCCCUCGACUCUCGAGUGCUAGCUACCUCUGAGGAUGUACAUAGGAAACCGCUUGCCCUCGUCUCGCAGAGCGCCGGGGCUCGGGCGAGUAGUGUGAGAUGAGAUGGAAGCGGGGCAGGGGUGGGAUUGGGGUGGUGGUGGUGGGUGGGAGAAGGCGCUAGGAAUGGGGAGGGGGGUGGAGGGAUGAUGAUGAUGAGGGUGGUUUUCGAUGUGUAGCGAGGCGGGCCUGGGGGGCUCGCAUCGGGGCCUGGAAAAAGAGCUGACAUGAACACAUGUACAUGGAGAAAAUUAUGAAGGGAUUCACAAACCCUAAGAGAUUUUCAUUUAUACCUUACGGGCUCCUGCAGUGAACAUGUACAGAUUUAGUUAAACGAAAGGGAGUGAGGGCGGAGUGGAGUGGUAAUCGACGUUUAUUUCAUGUUCCCUGCGCACUGUUCGACGAUGGUCCAUGACUCUGCGGGUGCUCUCGCCUUCGCCAGGAACUAGGUUUUUCCCGGAAUUCCAAACGGAAAGGGAGUCACUUUCUUUCUGCCACUCAAGGCUUGCAAUUGUCGAAGUCUUGCAUUCAUGUAUAAUAUAUCAUUUGUCUUCAAAAUCUCUCUGGCUCUCUCUGUCGCGUCGGCAUUUCGCCGUCUUUCUUUCUUUCUCGUGGCGCCUCAGUUCUCGCCGUCCUCCGUCCCCUCGACAUGGUCCGAGGGGUCGGACAUGUCCGGUAUCGGCCACGCCUUUCUUCCUUUAUAACUGUCACCGUACGUCGAAAAAGCUCUUUGUGCUCUAGAU